UUGGGGCUGCUUUCUCUGCAUACCGUCAUGUGAGAAGGUCUGUUUGGAUGGUCAGGUCUGCUUUGGAAUAAGAGAUUAGAACAUUCGGCAGCAUUUACGUUAAGAUGGCUGCGGCGGCAUUCCAACGCUACAUUCAGUGUCCAGUGUGUUUGAGUGACUUUGUUGAUCCAGCAAUUCUACCUUGUCAACACUCCUAUUGCCGUAACUGUAUCACUGGUCAUGUCAAUGCCAGUAUCGGACCCAGCCUGUGCCCAGAGUGCAGAGAACCCUUCUCCUUAGCGGACAUCAGACCAAACCGGGUCCUCAGGAACAUCACUCAAUCCAUCAGAAGGAGAUCCAUGGCAGAUCCUGACAAUGAUCUAAUGUGUGGAGAGCAUGAUGAGAAGAUGAAACUAUUUUGUGAGACGGAACAGAAGCUGAUUUGUGUCGUUUGUGGAUUGCAGGGCAAACAUCAGGGACACACAUUGAAACCAGUGAAGGAGGCAUCUGAGGAAAGCAAGGGGAAAGUGAAAGAAGUCUUGAGAUUUCUUUCCAAAGAGAAUGAAGCUCUUGAAGGCACUAUGGUGUCCCAACAGGCUGAGAUAUCCAAGUGCAAGGAAAGAUGUGCAGGGCUGAAGACUCAGAUCUCAGCUGACUUUGAGGCAAUGUGUGAGUUCCUGAGGAAAAGAGAGGAGGAGCUGCACACAGAGUUGGAGGAUAAGAUGGAAGAGUGUGUGACUGCUAUGCAGCACAACUUGACAGACAUCCAGGCAAAAGCAGCGGAAAGCAGAGAAAUGGAGCAAAUCCUGCAGAGUGCCCCACAGAUCCCCCAACCACAAUACUUCCUGCAGUGGUGGCAAGAUAAAGGAUUCCAUGUGACAGAGGGAAUGAAAGAGGAACAAGAUGGGCAGACAAGGUUGAGGUCAAAGGUCAAAGACGUGGUGGUCAUUCCUGACUCCCUGUCCAUGGGCCCCUAUGAGACCCACAUGGCCUACUUUGUGUGGAAGGAGAUGCUGCAGACCAUUAAACCAGGCCCAGAACGAGUGACCAUUAAAGACCCAGGAGACUCAUAUCUCAAGCUGUCCCCUGAAGGACACAGCAUUCGUCAGGCAGACAGGACUAGCCUCAUGUAUAGACACUACAACCCCAGUUCCAGCACCAUCCAAAUCUUCCAGACCGGCAGACACUACUGCGAGCUGGAGGUUGGGGGGAAGAUAAACUGGAGCAUCGGCGUUAAGUUGGAGAUGACAAAAGGCUCCUCAUUUCAGCCAUCAGAGAGGGAAAUUCAGCUCCACCUUAGGAAGGGCAACUUUGUCUUGUCUUAUGAUGGAGUGGAAUCCUCUAUCUUAGGAAUCGACACUGGCAAGCCUCCCAGGAGGAUUGGCCUGUACCUGGACUGUGAUGGUCAACAGGUGUCCUUCUAUAACGCAGACACCAUGACUCUGAUACGCUCAUGCUCCUUCAGCUUCCACCAACCGCUCUCCAUCACUGUGUGUCCCGGCCUGUACAAGAAAGGCAAGAACAGUGAGCCACUUACAUUCUACUGGCACCAUGGGUGAAGGUAGACGGGUGCGCACAGGUGUGUAGCACUGGUGUGAAAUGUACAGCUGGUGCGCAGUACAGGUAAGAGAAUAGGUUUAAUGCUUUCCAAAAACAAAUAUUUGAAAAAGGUAAGAUCUGCUAAUUAAGUAUAAAACACAUACAACCACACAAUGCCAUCUGAGACAAGUGACACCUGAAAUAGUCAUGCAGGGAUAUAGAUAUGUAGUACAUGUUUAUGUUGGUUGUGUAUUGUUUAUUUGUGGGGUGUGUGGGUGUACUGUAGCACCAGCAGAAAACGAAAACUACUUUCACCCCUGACUGGCACUAGGCUUUAUAGGUCUAUUUUGUGAUUGGUCUAAAGUCCAUAUUGGAAUCAUCAAAUUGACAUAAGUACAUUUGCGGCGUUUGAACCACAGAAAUAAAAAAUAUUCGCUCUAUGUAAUCAAACACUUUUGGUAGUGAGCAUGAAAACGUAUCGGAAAAGACAAUGAACUCCAACUGGCAGAUUCCCUGAGGGAGAUGUUGGAGUCCUACCGGUAGUUCUGUUCUGUAAUGUUGAUUGAGUAUGUCUCCAAAUGGCGGGAUAUGGUAAACAUUUGGCCCGAUAUGCCGUUGAAACAAAUGAAAACAUACACAGGCUAUGUGUGCUAUCUGUGGCCAUGUGGUUGAGUGAUUUGUUUGUCCCUCAGCUAAUUCGCGCUGCAUAAUUUGUCCCUUGGGAAAACAUAAUUUGAGACCACUGUUGUUAUUGUUAUUGUCCCCUUGUUUGUUUGUUAUGUCUGUUUCUCCUUUGAGUUUACCCUUUGUUACCUACGCCAAGGAGGUUAUGUUUUCGGUCGCUUUGGUUUGUCUGUCUAUUUGUGUGUUUGUUCGUCCGUCUGUUUGUUUGUUUGUCUGACAGCAGGACAGUUCAAAAAGUUAUGAAUGGGUUUCGAUGAAAUUGUAUGGAGUUUUUGGAAAUGACAAAAGGAACAAGUCAUACAAUUUUGGUGGUGAUCCGGAUCACGAUCCAGAUCCAGGAUUUUUUAAAAAGAUUUUUCACCAUUGCAGGAUAGGACGAAUUCUGACAUUCCAGUUUCUAACUAUGUAUUAAUAAUAACAUGUUGUUGUUGUUGUUGUUGUAUUUGGCAAUUAUCACUGUAAGAUUUUAAGUGUGGAUUUGGUAUUGCAAAGCUUCCUAAUGUGUUAUAAGUUAUAAUACCCUUAUUUGGUUUAUGGUAUUUUGUAUGACGUAGGUAUAUAUUUUCCCUAAUUGUCGCAGCAUUGAAAAAUUGAACAUUAUA